CAAGAGGUCGCAGUGGAAGUCGGGACGACGGCGGAGGAUCGCAUUAAUGUCUGCCCGCUCGUAGGCAAAAGUGCGUGUCCCCUGUGUGUCCGCUUCGGUUUGCACCGCGCAGCACAACAUCGGCGCUUGUGUUGUUAGCUAGAAAGAUAUUUUAGGAUAAAAACUGUGAGCUCCUUUUAUUUUUUUUUCCCACGCUUGCGUUUUUUUUUGGUCGUCGUCGUCUGUUUCAUAACCAGUCUGAGCUUGCUUCAUAUUAUCGAUGCAUUGAUAGUCAGCUAGCGAGCUAGUUAGCCCAUACGGUGGCUCCUAGUCUUAGCUAGCUAGCAUAGAUCUGAGAACUAGCUGAAUAAGGCAAAGCAGAUAAAAGUAGCAUUUUAGAUUAGAUAGCACGGUGCUGUAUAUCGGUUUGUUGUCUGUAAUCCUUAGUUAGCUUGCGGAUUCUUGAGAGAAACGAAUAAAAAGGCGGUAAUAAGACACGUGGGAGAGGCCAGAGAGAGAGGGAGAGAAAAGGAAGGACGGAGGAGAAGAAAAAGAAGCAGUGACGCCAGGAGCGGCCGAUGAAUUCAGACCAGGGCGGAGAGCCGCUGCAGGAGGAGGCCGAGCCGGGACUGAAAGCCCGCGGGGAGGCUGAGGCUGAGGCGAGACCCUGCGAGGAGGGCAGUAUGGUGACCUCAAAGGGAGCAGGUCUGAACCCUAAUGCCAAAGUGUGGCAGGAGAUGCCCGCUGUCCCUAGUGAGGCUCCUGUGGAUGGCACCGAGGCUUCCCCCUGGUCCCAGUCGAACAUAAGUGAAGAGUCCACUGGGUGUAAAACAUACACACCUGGCUUCACUGCUCUCAUGGACAACAGCACCACGGCCGCAGCAGAUGGUGUGGUCAACGGCAUGGACCCCUCUGACCCAAAUCCUCUGACUGGUUGUAAUGAAUCCAAACUGUCUGAAGAUCAGCCUCUCUCUGCAGAAAGCUUGCGCGAGUCUCUGAAGAAAGAGCUGGAAUUCUGCUUCAGCAGGGAGAACUUAUCGAAGGACCUUUACUUGAUUUCUCAAAUGGACAGCGACCAGUUUGUGCCAAUUUGGACUAUCGCCAGCAUGGAAGGAAUUAAGGUCCUUACCACUGAUAUGGAUCUUAUCUUGGAUGUGUUGAGAUCAUCCCCGAUGGUUCAAGUGGACGAGAAAGGGGAGAAAGUGCGGCCGAAUCACAAACGCUGCAUCAUCAUUCUGCGAGAGGUUCCCGAAACGACCCCUGUGGAGGAAGUGGAGGCCUUGUUCAAGAACGACAACUGUCCGAAGGUCAUUAGCGUGGAGUUUGCGCACAAUAAUAACUGGUAUAUUACAUUCCAAUCGGAUACGGAUGCUCAACAGGCCUAUAAAUACUUAAGGGAGGAAGUCAAAACAUUUCAGGGAAAACCGAUCAUGGCCAGAAUAAAAGCCAUCAAUACCUUCUUCGCAAAGAACGGCUACCGCAGCCUGGACUGCAGUGUUUAUCAGCAGCAGUCUCACACACAGUCUCAGUACAGUUCACCGCUGUUCAUGCAGCCUAUAUACAGCCCCCAGCAGCAGUAUCUCUACGGCAUUGUCCCUCCCACCUGGACUCCAUCUCCAACACCGUACUUCGAGACUCCUCUGGCACCUUUUCCUAACAGCGGGUUCGUCAAUGGAUUUGGCACAGCUGCACACUACAAAACCGGUUCAAAUGCUCUCAACAUUGGGCGCCCUUUCAAUCGAAACCGUGUCCCACUCUAUUCAAGAAAGAAUGUAAUAAAUGCCUUCAGAAACCACGUGAAGCCCCAGACAAGGGUGAAUGACGGACUUGUCUCCACUGUCCCUACGGUGUCUGUGGUGGAUGGUCUCCGCAGUCCACAGCCUCCUGCCAGUAGCAACUCGGUGCUGGCUGCUUCUGAGCUGAGCACCCCUUUCCCACACCUGACGACCUCCACUGAACCAAACGAUGAUGGCACCGUGGCUGGACGGGGACGGAGGAAUACGUACAGAGCGACUCGGAGGAGGAGAGAGGACGAACGAACCAUAAGACCAGUUCCACUUGCCGAAGUAAAGGUUUCACCACCUAAAUUUGACCUGGCUCCUUCCAAUUUCCCUCCACUUCCUGGAUGCUCAGGCAGCCCACAGGGCGAGCCAGUACUCGAGAACCGCAUGUCUGACGUGGUACGGGGUCUCAACAGAGAGAAGCAGUCAGACUCCAACAAAGACUCCACUGUGAGUGCUGCUGCUCUGGCCUCGGAGGAGACGGUCCCCAGACCUGCACUGACUGCAAGCAAACCCACUGUUCACACUGCAGAUCCUGCUAGCUACAGCACAAGCGCAACCACUCAGGAGAAGAAACUGGAUAAAACUGAGCCCUUGGUCCAUAAAGAGAUGCCUGUAAACCCAACCACCACCACCUCAGCCAUUCCACAGACUCCGGCUCAGCCUGCUCCGGUCUCCAAGACUCCGCUGAGUCCUGUCAACCCUGCAGCCCCACAGCCCAGUACUGGCCACCCCAGCCCCGCCCCACUGGAGCCUCGGAAACUGAGCUACGCUGAGGUAUGCCAGCGCCCCCCUAAGGAUCCUCCCCCCCCUCCUCCACCACCACCUGUGGUCAGCCCCAGUCCUGCCAGCGCUACCUCACAGCCUCUGAGGGAGCUGCGGGUCAAUAAGGUGGAUGAGCAAUCGGGCAGCAACGAGAGACCCGAGCGGCCACAGGAGCGUGGGGCAGACUGUAAGAGCAGAGAGGGCCGGCCGGCUCGUGACUCGCAGGGCUUUUACCGCAGCAACGGCCCUCCCAGAGCCAGCACAGGAGGCUUCAAACUCCGCGAGCAGCAGAGGCGUCCUCAGUUCACCCGUCGCACUUCACCCCAAGGAGCCUCCAGACACACUGGCAAAGAGCAGAACAUCCCCCCUAUAUCGCCAAAGUAAAGACUUGACUAAAUCCUUACAAAUUUAUGAAUAUAUAUAUAUAUAUAUAGAUAUACAUAUAUAUGUAUAAAGAGAUGAAAUAUCAAAAGUUUAAAAAUCUAAAAUAAUAGCCACCUCUUUUGCCUGGAGCACAUCCACAGGAAAAUCUCAUGAAAUGACAAUGUACAGACGGAGACGUCCUGGCAUACAGACAUCCAAAAAAAAAAACGGGAAGCUAGUUAUAAGCUUGUUGAAGGAAGUCAUCAAAUAGGAAAAAGUGCGCUUCUAAACUUGACAAUGCCCCUUCAGAAUGUAAUUUUUUUUUCUUCCUUUGCUUUCUUUCCCCACUUCCUUGAUGAGGGUGUUUUUACCGAGGAGUCUGUGGGACUGACGGCGUCCUAACAGCAGUGCUGCUGUUGAGCUGAAACAAUAAUGGCAGUCUGCAAAGAACAUAUGCACUAAGAAAAGGAACAUGCAUCCAGUCAUGUACCGAUACAAAGAUAUCACUUUGACAUGCAAGGAUUUUACUAAUUUUUUUUUUUUAAAUACAUUUCCCCCCGCAUUGUCAGGUGACUGGGAAUGUGAUGUUCUGGAGUGAGUGAUGUACAUGAACUUGGCUCUUUGAGUGGAAGUAUGUAUUUCGCAGUAGUGUCGAUUUGAAUGAACUCAAUUUUGGGGUUUAGGAAAUGCAACGCCUGCUUGAGUGGAUUGGCCGAUAGCUAGGAACAGCACUGAGACUUGCUGUUUGUUUGGUCUGGAAUUUUGCAUCAUUUUUGCGUGACAUGAUGAUUUUUUUUUUUUUUUUUUUAAAUGGCUCCCCCAAUCAGAAGAGCUGCUGUUUUAGAAAUGUAUAAAAGAUGCGUUGAUCUGUGGCGCUUCAGUAAUUAUUCAUGUAAGUCAUUUCAUGAGGUCGGAGCCCGCCAGUUAUAAUGCUGGAUCAGUUUGCUUUUUAUUUCCUCGCUCUUUUUUUCUUUUUAAUUCUUAUUUUUAGUUAGACUGCAUAACCAACAGCCUGUGAAAGAUCACAAUAUCAGUCAGGUACAUAGACACUCAAGUAUUUUUGUCAUCUCAAUUUUUUUUUUGGGUGUGCGCAUUAUUCUCCCAAAAUGGCUUCUGAGUGAGCCUUCCCCCUCCCCUUCCUUCCUCCUGAUCAAUCAGGCGCUUGACUGUUUACAAAAUUGUCAGCUUGGGCUAAGAGGAAGAGAUGAAGCUGCUUUUGGUUGCAUUUUGGGUGACGCACUAUUCUUAAAAUCAGGACCUUUGCUAUGAUUAGUAGCUAUUGUGCUUAGGUGUGUGAUAGUGAUUUAGGUCAGGAAAAACCCAAGGCCUGUUUUAUUGGCUAGUGAUGUCACUACGCUGUAUUGUCUCAGCUGUACAGAGAUGGGUUGAUUAACUGUAAAAAUAGUUUUCAAUUGGUUUAAAUUGUGGUACAUCCUAAAACGGUGAAUGUUUUGGUUCAUUCCUCUUAACUUUGAGAGACGGUGCAAAGCACAACGGAUACAAGAUGAAACGCAAGAAGGGUUUUUUUUUUUUUUUUCCCCUUUUGCGCUUCCAGUGCGCACUCAUUAUUGUCCAUGAAUCCUGAUUCUUCAGCUGAUUUAACUACAGUUAUAUAAAUGGCUUUGGCUUUAUGGACAGCAUGGAGAUGAUCACUUUCCUGAGUUGAAUAUGUGAGACAUUUAGUGCAGGCCAUUGAAAUGUUAAAAAUGAUUUUGAAGGUUUUUUUUUUUUUUUUUUUUGGUGGGGGGACUCUGCUGCAUAUUGUUGGUCUUGGGCAUUUUUAUCAUACACCAGAGUCAUUUCAUGCAAUUUUGCAAGAUGAGCAAAAUCUUUACAUGCUUAUCGUCUCCUCCUCGAUUAUCCCACACAUGGAAGACCUGUCAAUGGUUUACAUGAGCAAUCGUCACCGAAACUAAGAAGCUCGGAUCGAGAUCGGCGGUUUUGCUCUUGGUAUCUGUACCAAAACACACACGAGUUGCUUUUGAGUGAUCGCUCCUGGACAAUGACAUUUUAUCGCAUGUGCUUUUCAAAGCAGCAACUCGACCACCGCCAGAAAGAAAAAGGAGGGGGGGGAAAAGAGAAGCAAUGUGAAAGUGAACCGGUGCUGUUAAUUAAAAAAAAAAGUAAUCGGAGGAAGAUGCAGUAUUGCUGUUAAAUUCUUUUUUUUUUUUUUUUAAUUGAGCUUUUAAUUUAUUUAAUCCACCUGCCCAUUCCUCCCUCCCUCCCUCCCUCCCUCCCUCCCUCAGCCUCCCCAGUCUUGUGUAGGCCAUGUUCCUGACUUGUGUACAAAAUGACAUUGGGAAAGAAUCACAGAAUUUAACAUUUGUAUAUUUUUGAGAUUUCAUCAAAGAAAAUACUUGACGCAUUUACUAGAGGCUUAGUAAUGCAGUAAAUAAAUAAUGAAUCACUGGGGCUUUUAUUGUUUUUUUUUUUUUCUCUUUUCAUUUUUUCAUUAAUGAAUUUGAGCAGCUAGUGGUUUAGUGUAAUGGAACAAUGCACUAACUUGUUUUAAAAAAAAAUCUUAAUGUUAAUGUAAUGUGAAAUCAUAUUAGAAGCAUAAGAUAAUGACAUUGAUGUUGAGCGGCUUGCAGAAAUCUACAGGAAUAGCAUUCUCCUUAAUGUUUGGGUUCUGGCUGUUAAUUGGUUUAGGGCUGCUGUGGCAAAGGGAAGAAUUAAUAACGAUUGACAGUGUUGGAGACAGUACCUUCGAGCUGUCUGCAUAAAAUGUCAUUAAAAAAUAAAUUAUUUUGUUUUGGCCUUGGA